ACACUCAGUCAGUCGUUCAGUUUGUUUGUUCGUUGUUAUACGCUUCUUACGGUCGAGUUACGGAGAAACGGUGUGUCUUCUCUCCACUAAAAAUAAUAAAAUCAACAAAAUUGAGCCUGAAGCCAAUGUGGAUUACUUGCAACAAUAGCAACAACAAAAGAGGGUGUUAAAAAGCAAAUUUUAAUUAAAAAGAAAAUUUAAAAAAAAAAUAUCUAUAUCCAUAAAACAAAAAUUACCAACAACUAAAAAAAAUUUAAACAAAAAACUCCAAAAGGAAUUUUACAAUAAUUUUUUAGUUUCGAAAUUUUUUAUAAAAUAAAAAAAAGAAGAAAAGAGUUCAAAGAAAACCAGACGUAAUCAUUUAAUCAAUCUCUCUCAAUUGGUAAGUGCUCUCAUGUGCGCGCUCUCUCUCUUUGCCAUCACAGUUGGUUAAAUUACUGCUGCUGCUCUUGGUAAAGUGUGUGUGUAUUCGACAACGUCGUCGUGUGUUUUCUUAUGAAAGUGUGUAGUAGUCGCGUUGAUUUUGUGCGGUUUCUUAUUGUUAUUUUCCGAUUGAGCCUGUCUCCCGUUAACUUCAAAAUACACCACCAUCAUCAUCAUCAUUGACAACAAAAACAACUCUGCCGCUGCUUAAACUUCUCACCACCAUAAUAACACAAGUGACGGUGUUUAUCUCGUUUCUUUUUUGUACAACAAAUAGCAACAACAAUAAAAUUGUGUUUGCUUGUGUAUUGAGAGAAGAAAAAAAAAGAAACAACAAAAAUACACAAAAUUAUACAGCAACAUAUUGUAAGGUGUGGGGAAAUCGAUUGAUUACGUACCAUAUUAUAAUCUCUUCCACCACCUAACUUGCUUAAAUGUUGCAUUAAAAGAAAAUCAACAUAAAAAUUGAGAAACCAAGAAAUUAAUACGAUUUCUUUUGUCAAUUCCCAGCAAAAACCCAAAAAUAACUAAAGAAAAUAUAUAACAUAAAUGAGUUGCAAUAACGAAAAAGUGAGAUAACAAAGUAAAAAGCAGCAUUCAAUAAAAAAGCAGCAAUUGGUGAAAAUAAUUUAUAAUUAACUGUGAACAAUUUUUGUUAGAAAGAAGAUAUAACAAAAAAAUAUGGAAAAAUCAACAGACUCUAGUAGUGGUUCGACGUCUUUAACACCAUCUUCGUCGUCGACGACGACGACGCCGUCAUCUUCAACAACAGCGUCAACAUCGUCGUCUUCGUUAUCAAGUGCUAACAAUCCAGGAGAAGGUAGCCUAUCAUCUGCUAACAGCCAGCAUAUGCUGAAUUCUUCCAAUAAAGCUGUUUAUGAUGUUGGUAGCCAAGCAACAACGCAUUCUGACAGCAAUGGCAACCCACAACAACAGCAGCAUCAGAAAAUGCCACAAACGCCAUCUAGCCAACAGCCCACAACUACACCAACAACAACGAUGUACAUGCAAAAGCAUCAUCAAAACAAUAGUUGUUCCUCAACAAAAAAUCAACUUAAUUUACUUGGGUGUGGUCCAUCGGUGUCGGCGGCGGCAACAUCAUCAGCAAAUAGUGGCAGUUUAAAGGCCUCCAAUGGCAAUAGUAACCAUAACAACAACAAUUCAUGUUCUGCACCACUACCAACUCCAUCCUCCUCAAACGUAUCCCUUAACAACACCAACAAUGGCACCUUGGGUCAUCAAUCUUGUAACUCUGCUGCCGUUAUCUCCUCCUCGCCCAGCAACUCGGCAAUAUCUAUUGCCUCUUCUAAUAGUAAUGCUGCCAUUGCCUCUGCUUUGGGCUUUACUUCAACAUCAACAACCAUGGUAACAUUGCCGACAUCAUUGUCAUCAAUGUCAGCGUCGUCGUCAUCAUCAUCAUCAUCAUCAUCAACAACAACAGCAGCAGUAGCAUCCUCCUCAACAACUUUGUCGUCUACACAAAUGGCGCCUAUUAAUCUUAAUAUAAGCACAACAACCGGAGGCAAUUUUAGUGUUUCGGUUGAUCCUCAGAUAAGUGUGGAAAAUCUGAAGAAGAUUAUAGCCAAGAAGCUUAAAGUUGCCAAGGAUCGUAUAUGUUUGCUGCAUAGAGAAAAGGAACUUCAAGAUGGCUCACUUAAGGAAAACAAUCUCAUGGAUGGCUCAAAAAUUAUUCUGAUACCAAAUGUUGAAACUGGUUUACUGGCUCAACGUCCCGAGAAUACGGUUAUGCAAGCCCUUGAAUCGCUGAAUGAUGCCCAAGUCAAUGAUUUUCUUAGCGGCAAAACUCCAUUGAAUUUGAGUAUGCGUCUGGGUGAUCAUAUGAUGCUGAUACAGUUACAACUUAGCACGGUAAAUCCUGUCAACAGUGCCGCUCAUCACAGCGGCUCGAAUUGCAGCAGUAGUUCCUCACGUACACGUUCCAGUCAUCAUCAUCAUCACCAUCAUCAUCGCAGCAGUAGUAGUCGCAGUGCAUCGACACAAACUGCCGGUGGAUCGACAGCAGCAACAAAUGGUGGAACCUCAGCGCCAGCUUCCUCAUCUUCCAACAGCGGUAGCAGCAGCAACAACAGUCACCAUCAUCAUCACCACCACCAUCAUCAUCAGCACAAUAAUGGUGUUAAUGGUGUAGUACCAGGAUCCAUAGCCUCAUCAAAUGCUACAGCAGGUGGAGCAGGAGUUGGAGUGGUCAUGCCCACUGCCCAAAAUGCCAAUGCAGUGAGGAAAUUUGAAAUGGAUACAACACAAAGGGUUGUGGGAAAACAUGCCAACCCCACCGUAGUACCACCACCAUCGACUGUAAGAAUGACAACACCAUUGGCCGCACAACCACUUCCCACACCAACAUCCUCCUCAACGUCUGGUGUCAACGGCGCAAUAAACUCCAAAAAUUCCGAUUUCAGCUCAUAUCUAAGCAAUAUUGUCAAGAGUAUUGCUAUGGCUCAGCCCGGUUCACGUCUAACACCUGCCGUCACCACAAAUGCUGCGGCUGCUGGUUCGGCUGGGCAACAAACAACAACUACAAGCGCAAUUCCCACAUCGGCCAUUGUGCCAGUAGUGGCCUCGCCCUUCCAUACACCCUCCUCAGCUGAGGCUGUACUCUUGGAACAGUCACCCAUCAAAUCUUUAUCAAAUUUAGUCUCAAGCCCCAUUAAGACCACAUCAAUUAAACACAUUCCCCGUAUAUCUUCGAAUAGUAGUAACAACAACAAUAGUUCCUCCAAUUCCGUGGCCCUUGGCCCACAUACAACGGCUUUAAGUGCUAAUACUGCAACGGCAGCAGCACCACCACCAAUUUGUCAGGAUCCCAUUGCAGCGAAGUUGACCUCCUGUCUCUGUACCAGACUUAAUGGAGGAAGCAGUGGUGCUGGGAAUAUGGCACCUCAUGUAAGCGCCAAACAAUGCAUUGAAAGUUCAUGUAUUACUUCACAACAACAACAACAACAACAGCAACAGAUGCCACAAUUAGCUCAACAACAACAGCAUCAACAACAACAACGUACAAGCUCUAUAAUGACCAGCACACCAAAUUAUAAAUCUAUUAAUUCCGGUGGUCCUGUUUUGACAACACCACCCCCACCCCUAACAAAUAUUGCCGGCAAUUCUUCCUCAGCAUCGUCGCGUGCCUCUUCAUCGUCGUCCUCGUCGUCGUCGUUACACAAAACAGCCCACAAUGCAAUUACCCGUAAGCAUCGUCAUCAUCAUCAUCACCACCACCAUCAUCAUCACUACCAUCACCCUGGAGUACAAACCAGCAAUUCCGUAAAAUUGCAACCAAAUCUCUCCUCGACGUCUUCAUCUUCGUCGUCCUCAACAACACCCCAACGCGGUGGUGGCAUUUCCAAUGAUAGUGGUUUCAAUUCCAGCGAUGAUACCCUAAACAUUUCUACACAAACUCCAACAAAGUCCAAACCCACUGUGGCAGCACCAACGCCCCUAAUGAUAGCCGCUCCAUUGGCCUCAAGCUCUAACACCACCACACCAAUUGCGGCCCAAUCCAACCAUUCAACACCAACUAGCGCAACGGCCGCAGCUGCCGCAACACCCAUUGAACUAGAUGAAUCCGGCAUUGUUUCAGAUUCCCGUACACUCGCCGAGGCAUCACGUAAUCUCACCCAAACGCUGCGCAAACUAUCCAAAGAAGUUUUCACCAAUAAAAUCGAUUUCUCGGCCAGCGAGGAGACACCGCGCAAAAGUGGUUCCGGCGCCGUCAUUGAAUCAAUGAAAAAUCACGGCAAAGGAAUAUAUUCGGGAACAUUUUCGGGUACACUAAAUCCAGCUCUGCAGGACAGAUAUGGUCGUCCCAAACGUGAUAUAUCCACCGUAAUACAUAUUUUGAAUGAUCUGUUGAGUGCAACGCCACAAUAUCAUCGUGGUGCACGCAUUAGCUUUGAGGCUCCAUCAACAUCGGCAGCUGCCGCAGCAUCGGUGGCAGCAGCCAGCGGUUCGCCGGGUGCUAUACAUCAUAGUUCCAGGAGUAAACAUCUUUCAUCAAAGCAUCAUCACUCCUCGCAUCCCUCCUGUGUCAAAUGCAUUAAAACACAUAACAAUAGCGCUUCCACCUCCUCGUCGUCGUCGUCAAUCAAUAGUGGAUCUAAUGGUGGUGGCGGUUCAGCGUCAUCAUCCUCUUCUUCACCCAUAUGUGCUUAUGGCGAAUGCAGCGGUCAUUAUGUUAGCAAAUCACAAUCAAGCAAAAGCUAUCCCUGUUGCCAACCAGAUGUGACUAACAGUUCCAAUAUGGUUACCAGCCAUCAUCAUUCUUCGUCGUCGUCGUCGUCGUCAGCGUCAUCAUCGCAUCACCAACACCACCAUCAUCAUCAUCACCAAUCCCAACAACAGGUGAUGGUGGAUGAGCGCAAGGUGUGCCAAUGUCGUUAUCGCAUACACAGUGAAACCGGCGAACGAGAACGCGAACAUACCUGCCAGAAAUGUGCUACCGAAAUGGAUAAUAUGAAAACCAAAUCUAAAUUGGAUCAAUUGCGUUUGGUAAUGCAACAGCGCAAACAGAAACGUGAGGCACGCAAAUUAAAGGGAGCUCCAUAUGGAGCACGCGUUGUUGGCACCACCAGCACAGCCACGACGGCAACAUCGGGUGGCGCUGGUGUUGUAGAUGCUGGCAAUGCCACCAGCCUCAGUGCUACAAAUAGCCCAAUUAGUGCAAAUAACAAUCAACAAACACCAAUUAGUGUGGCCAGUGCAUCCACAGCGCCCAGUGAAGUAUCACCAAAUCAUAUUGUCGAAGAGGUUGAUACAGCUGCAUAGAUUUAUAACUAAACAAAAAAAAACAUAAAAUGCAAAAUACGUUUUGUGUUUCAGAAUUACAACUUUUUUUAUAGAUAAACUAUUUGAUGCUUAUUCUUCUUGAUUUUUUUAAGAAAUUAAUUUUAUUAGAAUUUAAAGAAAAAAAAUUGCUGUUCAUAUUUUUUUUAAUUUUAAUUAGUUUUUCUUCGUGUAGCAUUUAUUAGUUUUUAGAUAAAAAAUAAAAUACCUUUUUUUUUCUCACAUUACCACCAACAAUUACAACAACAACGAUGACUACUUUACAACAACAAAAAUCAAAGAAAAUAUCGUAAAAUGUAAAAUUUAUUUAUACACAACCACCAGUUUUUUUAAGGCAAUUUGUUCAUUUUUUUUUUGUAAUAACUAGCCUCAGUCCGUGAAUAUUUUAGGAGUUCGAUUUUAAGCGAGCUUGGGAAAGCAUUAACACCUUUUCCUCCUUUUUUAUCAUUCUUUAAGGCAAAAAGAAUCUGUCUUAAAGUUUGACAGAAUGGAUUUUUACUGAUUUAGCCUCAUCAUUUUUUGAAAACAGUAUCAUUGAACCAUCUUAGAAAUAGUUUUAAAAUCCACCGAUUUUUUCCACAUUUCCCCAUUGUUUUUAGUGGAGAAAUUUCUUUUUUUUUUUCUAUAACUCGGCUCAAAGAAGUAAUAAAGUGCAAAUAAUUGCGAAUAACUUACUUUGAAAGAGAUAUGCAACCUGAAAAAAUGAUGGAAAAUUAACAAAAUUUUGAGGUUUAUUUUUUAAUAGAAAUUGACUCAAUAUUAGGCUACCUUACUUUUAUUUGAUUGCCUCAUCUUGGAUUAAACUCUGAAAUAUAUCUGUUUUAUAAUUUUUUCUACAAGUCAAGAUUCCAAAAAUUCCUUACCUUUAUUUGAUUGCCUCAUCUUGGAUUAAACGCUGGAAUAUAUAUGUUUUAUAAUUUUAGAUCUACAAGUCAAGCACCCAAAGUUCGCCAUACCACGUAAUCAUUUCCCGGAUGGUUAGGAUUCCGAGAGUUUUUACUCAAACGGAGUUAUUUUAUUUGUGAUUAUCAAGAAAUUCUGCUGAUUUUUUUGGCCAAAUAAUAUAUCAUUAUACCUUCUAAAAGUCUUGAUGUUGAUAUCUGGAAAUGUUUUUGAUUUUUCGAUUACCAGAGACAUCUGUAGCCGAACUUUAUGAUUGGCGAAUUAUUGAAAAAAUGGACAAAUUUUGCAAAAUCUAACUGGUGGUUACCAAAUUAAAUUAAUUAAUGUUAUGUUUAAAUAAUUUAUAUAUAAAAAUUGUGUUUUCUUCGGUUUUAACGUCAACAUGCCUUUUCCUAAUAUUUUUGGAUUAUAUCAUAAAAAAUAAUAAUAAUUUUCAUUCAUAUAUGUAGCUCUAUUUUAAAUGAAUUUUUGUUGGAUUUUUUUAGCUUAAGAAAUGUUUUUUUGGUUUUUUGCUUUAUUACUAUUAAAUUAAUAACAACAACAAUAAUAAUAAUAGUUUUAAAUAACAAAAACAAAAGAGACCUUAAAUUUGCAAUAAUUUUGAAAUGGAAACAAAACACAUUAAUGAUGGUCCACAAUUCGUAAUUUUCAAUAUUAGAUCUGUUAGUUUUUUUAAUUUUGUAAUUUUGCUCCGCAGGCUGAGCUAUUGUUUCUUAAAACAAAACUUCAUUCUAAUGCAAUUUAUUUUAUUUCUAGAAUGAAUUUUGAACACAUCUGUUACUACUUUACAACUACUUUCUUAACAUUUUUUCCCACUGUUUUUUUUUAAUCUUAAUAAAAAUAUAUAUUAAAACGUUGUGCGUUAUUUUUUUAAACUCCAUUUUAUUUAAACUUAGUUCAAAACUUUCCCCAAUUUCUUUUUCCUUCCUUCCUUUCCUUCCCACCAAACAAAUAAACUUCCCUUACACAUAUGAAUUUUUUGCCUUUUGGUUUAUUGAAAAUACCAACAAAACCUAUAAACUUUAGUUUUAAAUUUUAAAUAAGAAAUAAAUACAUAUAUAUAUUUUUUGGAAAACUUAAUUUAAAUAUUAUUACAACAAUCAAUCAAUCAAUCAACAACAACUACUACAAAUAUUUUACAAAUUAUUUUUAUUAUUACUUUUUAUUUUAUUUUUAUUUUUUAAUUUAAAAUUUUUGUGUGAAAA